GGUUGUCGAUAUUAUGGAACCCACCCAUUUUAUUUAACAACAACACAGAGACAUAUCAUCAGUCAAUCCACUCACCAUAAUAUUGUGAUUUGUGGUUGUUUUAUGUUUAUUAAUUGACUAUUGUGUCUCAAUUCGGUUCAAGUAUCGGUUUUGAUCUUGUGGUUUGAAAUUCGUAGUAAUGUUAAAUCUUGGAUAAAGUAAAUAUUAUGAAUUCUUCCUGUGAUCCUUGGAGUAGUUCAACAAAAGUCCAGGAGAAUACCUCCGAAGAGUUUGAAGAUAACUUUGCGGAAAUAAACACUAUUGAAAAAUUGCCAGACUCGGAUGCAUACUUAGCUUCAUUGGAAAAGAAGUUGGCUAGAAUCAAAAGUGGCAAAGGGAAUAAAAAAACUGAAGGGAAAGAGCUCCUGAAGUCCUUGGAAGAAAGCAAUGAUUCAUGCAUGUAUAGAUUGAUCUCUGGCGACUCUUAUUCAAUCACAGACCAAGAUCUUCAGCUUGAUACUCCAACUAAUCUUAGACUAUCAAGCAAGUGGUUGAACCCGGAGCAAGCUCUCACCGUAGGGGAGCUUGUUGAACUGGUGAACGCUGAUUAUCUAGCUCAGGCCAGCUGUGAUAACAAUUCAGAAGAUAAAACAGAGGAGAACUGUACCGAAUAAAUCAAGAUGCCAGCUCAGUUUUGGGGUCAGAAGACAUUUUGUCUGUUAACGGGAGCCAGCCAGGGGAUUGGCCGCUGCUUUGCUGUUGAGUUUGCUCGCAACUUCGGAGCUGGCUCUCACCUCGUGCUGCUCGCUCGUACUACUUCUGGUCUUGAGCAAACUCGCAGUUUAAUCAAAUCUGCCAAUCCUCAAGUCACUGUUCACAUCCAUUCAGUAGAUCUGGGAGAUCCAGAUGUCGAGUUGUACAAGACGAUUCUCAACAGUGACGCCUGGGCUGGAGAGAGUUUUGAUCUGAAGUUACUUGUACACAACGCUGGGUCUGUAGGCAAAGCUAACACUCUCAGCAAGGACAUGGAUGACCAUCUUGAGUGGAACAGGUAUCUUUCCCUGAAUCUGUACCACGUAACCUCUCUAACGGCAGAGUUUCUACGAAGUUUUCCCUCCGGACAUCGUUGCAUUGUCAAUGUAACAUCUCUGUGUGCUGUCAAACCAUUCAAGUCAAUGGGCUACUACUGCGUCGGUAAAGCUGCUCGAGAGAUGUACUUCAAAGUCCUAGCUGAUGAAAACCCAGACCUCGACAUCAUCAAUUACUCUCCAGGACCUGUGGAUACUGACAUGGUUUCUCAGCUUAUCAAUGAAGUCCAAGAUGAAGAAACAAAAUCUUCAUUCAUCACAAUGAAAAGUACAAAGACUCUGGUGACAGUUGAGCAAACAACUCAGAAGGUGAUAGCCCUGCUGACCUCAAGAGGUUACAAGUCUGGUGAUCGUUUUGACUAUUAUGACCAACUACCUCAAUAAUCUCUGAAAAAUAGAAUCUAAAGUUCUCUAUCCUAACAAACUGUGUUUAUCCUUAGAUCUUGAGAAAAUAUUUUUCAUUCCAGCUCAUAGGAGAUGAAAUAAUGCGAACAUUCUUUUGAAAUUUAUUAGUUAUAGUUCAUAUUUAAUGUUUUUGAUACAUUUUUUAUACAAUAAGCAUACUGCAUGAUAAAAGUUAAUUAAAAUAUUUCUGUGUAAUAGCUAUGUGAUUUACGUUAUGUUGAAAUUGUCUUUCUUAUUAUACUCAUUGUUAUUUAAAGUUAUAUGUCUGUUUAUAUCUAUUUAUAGUUAUACCUUUAUUUUAAUUAUAUUACUUAUAAAUCCAAACCAAAUACUACAUACUGGCCUAGCUAAGCUAAUAUUUUAUUGUUUUAAAUUAUAAAUAUUGGUUAUAAAAUUUAUUGUAGUAAAUAGUUGGGAGAAACUUUAUAUCAUGCCAUCGUAUACGUUUAAAAAUUGAAUACUGGUUACUAAUUAUAUUACUAAAAAUACUCUAAUGAUUGUGUGAUGUCAAUCUUGCCCAAUGAAUAUAAAAUUAAACUUUUAAUAAACAUUUUGAAUUUUAUACUUAUCAGAACACAAUAUGUUAGCAUUUAUUAUUUUUCACUUGGUUAUGUUUUAUAAACUUAUUAUUUCUACCAAAAAGUCAAACAGAUCUGUCUCAGCUGAAAUUGAAGUAAUUAGUCAAUGGUUACUUUCAUAAAAUAAAAUUAUAGAAUAUGAAUCCUAUUAAGUUUAAUUAAUUACUUGAUGUUGAUUAAUUCUACCCUGAUCUGAAAACCUUUA